UCAAAUGUUCGGUUGUAAUUUAUGCAUUUGUGAAAAACUUAGUACCUACGGUGAAUUUUAAUUACUGUUUUAAUUCCAAUAUAAUUCGGUUGUAAAACACUAUUUUUAAUAGCCUAAUGCUUUCUAUAUUUAAAAUGUGUGAAAAGUUCUCAGUAUUUAUUAUUAUUCUGACCCGCUCCCGAUCGCUAAACCCACACAUAGGAACCUCCCUGAUAAGCACAGAUAGCUGGGUUUGUUGUUCACACAUCGCAUGGGAUUCGGAGGGGGGUUGGCCGAGCCAGAGUUCUUAUCAAUCCUCCCGUCUGUUUUUGGUCAUCGCCGGCGGCGGGCACACAGUUGCCGUUCCACCAGCGGAAAGUGCAGUACUCGCAGUCCGCGUAAUUACCCCAUUAAAUAAUGUCGGCAAUCGGAAAGAUCGGGUUCCUGGGAGGCGGGAAUAUGGCCAAGGCCUUGGCUAAGGGUUUCCUAGCCGCAGGCCUGGCCAAACCCAAUACCCUGAUAGCCAGCGUUCAUCCGGCAGAUAAGCUCUCGCUGCAGUCCUUCCAAUCCCUAGGCGUGGAAACAGUGGUCAAGAAUGCACCCGUUGUGCAGCAAUCGGAUGUGGUCUUCGUGUCCGUGAAACCCCAAGUGGUUCCCUCGGUUUUGUCGGAGAUCCAGCCACUGAGCUCCGGCAAGCUAUUCCUUUCCGUGGCCAUGGGCAUCACUCUGUCCACCAUCGAGACCAGUUUAUCUCCACAGGCUCGUGUGAUCCGUGUGAUGCCGAAUCUGCCAGCAGUGGUGUGUUCUGGCUGCUCUGUUUUUGUUCGUGGAUCCAAGGCCACCGAUGCAGAUGCGGAGAUCACGCAGAAACUGCUGCAGUCCGUGGGCACUUGUGAGCCGGUGGAUGAGUCCCAGUUGGAUGUGGUUACUGCUCUGAGCGGAAGUGGACCGGCCUACGUGUUCGUGAUGAUUGAGGCCUUGGCGGAUGGUGCCGUUCACAUGGGAAUGCCCAGGGAUCUGGCCUAUCGCCUGGCAUCCCAAACAGUCCUGGGCGCAGGUCACAUGGUGCGGGAUAGUGGUAUGCAUCCCGGGCAACUCAAGGAUGGCGUCACAAGCCCGGCGGGAUCGACAGCUGCGGCGCUCAGACAACUUGAGCUGUCAGGUUUUCGGGCAGCUGUGUCCGGAGCGGUGGAACAGGCGACGCUGCGGUGCCGGCAAAUCUCGGGAAAGACGGCUUAGGCACAUAGGCUUAUACACAUACGUACAUUGGGGUGGGUCAAUUUUGUUAAUAAACUAAUAGUAGCUAUA